AUGUCUAAAGAUGCUGUCCUGGACUCCGACAGGACCACGUACUCCAGGUUCAAGAGCUCGAUUAAGAAGAAGCUGGCGGCCAUGGCGCGGGUGGCGAGCAGCCCCAUUGUCACAAGAUGGCAGCAGCUGCACGCGAGAUGCCUUUGCGCCUCCGGGCGGCCCCGGCUCCUCGGCGCAGCAAGGAAGGCCCCAGGAAUUGUUUCCAUUAAAAAUGUUUUUCCAGUGAUGCCUCAUGUACCUAAGAAACUCUCCAUAAUGAAAACUGUUGUGACUCUACCUAGUAGUCCUGCUGCAGCAGUCUUGGAAGGGAGGGAUAAUAGAACUGAAAUGGAAAAGAAACAGAAAUAUCCUUCUCAGCUUCCAGUGGUCCAAGAGUUGCGAUGUGGCAUUGCAGAAAGUGGUGACAGGAAGACCUGUGGAAAUACCGGUUGCAUCUGGAAAGGAUGCCGAGACGGGACCCAGAAUGAGUUUAGAGCUAUUACCACCAUGAAACCUUCCAUAGCACCAGAGCCAGAAGUGAGGAUUCAUAUUACUGGCUUGCGCAAUGAUUACUAUCUAAACAUACUGGAUUGGAGCCUUGAAAAUCUCAUUGGUAUUGCUGUAGGAUCUGCUGCACACAUCUGGAGUGGAGGAACUCUUCAAGCCAUUGAAAGCAUUGAUUUGAAUUCCAGUUCCAAAUACAUUUCAUCUCUGGCUUGGAUAAAAGAAGGAACUUGCCUUGCAGUUGGCACCAGUGAUGGAGAAGUGCAACUGUGGGACAUUGAAACCAAAAAGAGGUUGAGAAAUAUGUUUGGUCACUUGUCUGUAGUUGGAGCUCUAAGCUGGAAUCAUUAUAUUCUGAGCAGUGGUUCACAUCUAGGAUCUAUUCAUCACCAUGAUGUUCGGGUUGCUCAGCACCAUGUUGGGACUCUUUGCCAAAACAAAAAAAGCAUUUGCAGCCUGAAAUGGUCACUAACUGACCAGUUGCUGGCAAGUGGGUCUAGUGAUGGUAUACUGAGUAUCUGGCCUAAUGACCCUGGUGUGAAAUUGCAGUCACAGCCACUGAAAACCAUACCUCAUUCCUCAGCAGUUAAGGCUAUGAACUGGUGUCCUUGGCAAUCCAAAGUCCUUGCCACAGGAGGUGGAAUGAAAGAUGGGAUUUUGCGUGUUUGGGACAUAAAUCGUGAGAAAAUCAUCCGAAGUGUAGCUACAGAUUCUCAGAUUUGUUCCUUGCUCUGGUUACCCAAAAGCAGCAAACUGAUGACUGGACAAGGUCUUCCUGGAAAUCAGAUGAAAAUAUGGAAGUAUCCCAUGCUUACCAAUUCUUCAGAACUCUAUGGUCACAAAGGGAGAGUCCUGCAUAUAGCCCUGAGUCCAGAUCAGAGCAGGUUCCUUUCAGUUGCGGCUGAUGGGAUAGCUUGUCUGUGGAAAUGCUACGAGUCUGAGGAAAGCAAGCACAGCAGCAAGGUUUUUUCAUCUGGUUAUCUGAGCUCACUUUUCCUUGAAAGCAAGUGA